CAAAUGCCAUAGGGAAUUAUAUCAUUACAUGGUAAAAAAAAAUGUUUUGUUUUAAAAUACUUAAAAUUGUUAUCAUAUUUACUGCCCAAUUAUCAAAUCCAUACUUUUGUUACUUUCUUUAAUUCCUAUUAAUAGUACAAAUUCUCGAAAUUUGACAUGUACUUGUUGUUCUCCCUGCAGUUUCAUUCCCGUUUUUGAUCAUUUAUGUUAUCUAGUUCCUUUAUCAUAGUUGUUCUUCGUUUGUAAACGAAAGGUCAUAUUACUGCACUUUCAUGUUCUUUAUUUUUUUUUCUUUUUGUCGAGUGACGUUUUAUUCGUUAUCUAUGAAUGUUUUGUUGCACACCUGCUGUGGGCGUGUCUUUCUCAUGAGUCACACACUAACAAGUAGUAACCACUAACCUUGCACGCAUGAAAUUUGUUCCUUAUAAAACUGAAAGACUGAAAAUAAAGGAAUCGACGACUUGUCUUUACAAAUUCAAAUCAUGACCAGUUCAACAGAAAAACUUCCAGAAUGGAUGUUAAAAUUGGAAAGCAAGCAAAAGAAGGAGCUGGAGCACCUUGUUUGGCAUGCGGCGAUAACUGUCCUGGACUUGACCUUCAUUUUUGGAGGAAGUUGUGCCGCAAUUGCAAGUGUAAGAAGGAAGAUCAUGACGUGAAGGAUGAUGAAGGAUAUGAACAAUUUGACAUACUCUUAGGAAGUGGUAGUCGCAAAACCAAGAAAGGAGGCUUUUUAAAUAUAAAGGUGCCAGAUGAUACACAGAAUACCGUUGCUGCACAGAACACUUCAUCAAGAGGAGUGUCAUUUGACUGGUUACCUCCUAAUGUUUCAGAGGAAGUGGCAGCAGAGUACAUGCAGCAACUUCCUGUAAGUAAAUUACCUAUCUCAGGAAGUGAUGGUGCUCUCUAUCGUCGACAACAAUUGACAAAACAAGUGCCUCUUCAUGAUUUGGAUGCUAAGCACUGUCAUAACCUCACUCCUGAAGAAAUUGAACAACUUAUGAAAUAUUUAGAAAAUCUGAAAAAUAAUGUUGUUGGUCAAGGUUGUGUUGGAAAGGUGCCUGCCCUGUAUUCAGAGAUGAUUACUCCAGUGCCAGGGGUGGAACACUUUUACGCCAUGGACCAAGUGUCAGGAAGGCAGUUGAUCUCCUCUCAGUCAGCUGACCCGAUCCGCCCUCUGCCACCUAUGCCCCCUGCCUACAACUCCAUGCCCCGCCCAUUCCAUGCCUCUACGUCGUCUUCUGCUUAUGGCUCUGAUGAAGAUCUGCCUCCUCCACUCCCAACCUCUCUCCCACCUAGGACAGACCUCAAAAUCCCAAGCGAGUUUAUGCCUGACUGGCGAUUGCCACAAGAUCACAUCUUUGGGAAGGUCAUGGAAGGAAUGCAAGAUAUGCAAUUGAAUCAGGUGGAAUUUCCUUCAUCUUGCAUCCAUGAAAGUUUUGCUUCCGGAACUACUGCCUCAAGUAAAUAUGACAGACAGCAGCCAGAGUUUUCUAGCAAUUUGCUACCGUCCCGAUUGCCAUCCUCUAAAGGUUCCCUUCAUGAACCAAUUUCAUCUCAGGCUGGAUUAUCUCAGACUUACGACCAAGGAAGAUCAUGUUCAGAAUCAACUUUGGGAAGCAAUGCCCUUCAGAAUACUGUAGGUGAAUAUUCUGCUUCUUCAUCUGGCUCCAUGUUGGAACAUUCUGACAAAGGCAAACAACCGACUGCUCAAUUUGGGCAAAGUGUGCUUAAUCCAAAGCAAGAGGCACUGACAGGGGCUCGUAUGCCCACUGGUGUUGCUGUAAAUAUUACUGAUGUAAAUACUGAAGGUAUUGCUUCAUCAUUUCCAGUAAAUUCUAUUCAGGUUUCUUCCUUGCAUUCAAGGGGUAUUGUUAAUUCAUCGGCAAUUGAUCCACUAGGGAACCCUCUGAUGACAAAACCUCUGUCAGAGUGGAAAAAUGUUGAUAGUAACACCAGCUCUCUCAAUUCUAUCUCUGGCAGUGGAAUAUUACCAUCAUCUGAUUCAAAUUCAUCACUAUUGCAAGCAAAUUCAAUCAGUUCCAUCCCUCCUAUUGGUGGUUCUGGAAUAUUGCAUUUAUCACCAAACAUAAGCAGCUCUCUUGGUCCUUCUGGUGGUACUGAAAUGAAGGGAUUGCAUCCUCAUGAGUCACGUCUUCCAUCCAAUAUUUUUGGCUCUCUUGGUACCGAUAAAGGUGUUGGAAUUCGACAUGAUCCUCAGUCAAUGUUGCUAACACCACAUGUAGCUGUGAAUUCAGAGGCAGUUGGUGGUAUCAGAAGUAUUGCUGAGCCUUUGAAGGGAAGAAAGCCAGGAAGUAAUUCUGGCAUCAGCUCUGGGAAUCAUGAACAAUUCACAGAAGAGGAUGUCAACUGUAUUAAUUCUCUUUCUGGUUAUGGUACUGGAACGAAAUCCGUUCCCCAGACUACGCAACUGAAUUACGGAAGGCCUGGUUUAAACCAACACAUUCUUCCUUCAACAUUGCCUGUUGAAGGAGUAAAAACAUCAAGUAUUAUUGCACCUACAGUUGUUCAGAGCAGUUCUGUAGCUACAGAUGCUUUACCUAAAUCAGCUCAGAUGAUGCAGCAACAACCCAAAUCAAUGGACCCUGCUCUUCCAGCCCCCUUCCUUGGCUCUGCUGCUCCUCUGCCAGCUGAAACCCCUGGGGGGAGUUCUGCUCACUUGGACUGCCGGCAGUGUGGCUUGAAGCUUCUGGCUGGAGAUGUGGCUGUCUUUGCUGAGAGAGCUGGUAGUGCUGCAUGGCAUCCAAGCUGUUUUGUGUGCUCUACUUGUGAGGAACUCUUAGUGGACUUGGUGUACUUCUAUCAUAAAAGUAACGUUUAUUGUGGCCGCCACUAUGCUGAGUUGAUGGGCAUUCCACGUUGCUGUGCCUGUGAUGAGUUGAUUUUUGUGAAGGAAUACACAAUUGCAGAAGAGAAAGCUUAUCAUAUAAAACACUUUUGCUGUUAUGAAUGUGAUGACCCAUUGGCUGACAAGCAGUAUAUAUCAGUUGAGGAUCAGUCAGUCUGUUUGGAAUGCUUUGAUCACAAGUAUGGGAAGAAAUGCCAUACCUGCAAGAAUAGAAUUACAGCUAGUGAACAGAGACUUGGUUGGAAACACUUGAACUGGCAUGUUCAAGGAAACUGCUUCCGCUGCUAUGAAUGUGCCAAGUCACUACUUGGUGGUCGAUUUGUAGUGAAGGAAGACCAACCUUUCUGCAGCAAGGAGUGUGUCCAAGCUGGACUCCAGAAGAUGGCUGGAGCAGCUUGAGACAGCUCUUGAUAUUUUUAAAAUUGAUGUUCUCAAGGUUGAGAAAUUUAUUAGUUUAAAAAAACUAAGAUCAGCCUGCAUUUAUUUGAGGAGCUCUAUUCUUCUCAAUCUAUCCUUCCAAAUCUUGCUGUAUUUUAAAAGUACUAUUCAGUCAGUAUUAUACCUCUCAAUUACCCAGGUACGAUGUGCCAUACAUCUCUAUCCAAAAAUAUUACUUUUCCACCCAAUGGAAAAUCCUUAGCAUCAGAUCAUUACCUUUCAUAUAAAGUCUCUAUAAAAUUGACUGCAUCAUCUGGGACCAUUGAUUCUUUAUGAAGAACAUCAUUAUAUCAUUCACAUAAAUGCUUUGCUCCUUCAAAGAUAAAAAUUCAAAUUUUCUUGCUAAAUCGCCGCAUAGAAACGCUUUACACUGAGAGAGAACACUGCAUCUACCAAUGACCUAAAUUGCAUUUGAUCAUGAACAAAAGAUGCACAUCAUUGUCAAGCAGCUAGAAACAGAGACUCAACAGUUACUACUCUUGUCCUUCCUAUCUUUUGAGUUACCUCACAAGGCAAUCUAGAACAAAACUACAUUAUAGUUGGUAUUGAAAUGUGUUUAUUUUUCAUAACUGGCAGUGCCAUAAUUAAUAAGGAUCAAAUAAUUUUCUAGUCAGUUUUUUGGGUCCAUUGGUUUUUAAGUAAGUUAGCUCAUGGUGUUGCCUCAAUCUGUUCUCAUGGCUCAGCUGAAAACAAUUUACCAAUAGCAGAAAAACAUUCAUUGUUAUCUGAGGAAUCAAGUGCCUUUGUGAGAGGCUGAAGUCAUAUAACAGUAAUAUUAUACAUGUAUUUAUGAUAUAAUAUUUACAAUGUAUUUAUGAUAUAAAAUUGUCUGUAUUUGUAAUAUUGCUAUUAAUUCAUGGUCUUCCUUAUUAUCAUACUACAGAAGGAUCUGGGAAAUAAAACUGUUAAAAAUGCCUCCAACUUUAGAAAGUUAGUAAUAUGGGAGAAUACAAUAUCCAAUUUUCAAAACAAGUAACCAUGAUUUGUCCUUUCCUUUUAUGUUGUGUUUAUAGAAACUAAUUCUCUUUCAAACAACAAUUUAUAAACAAUAAUCAUAACUUUACAGUUGGCCCAAACAACAUAUAAAAACCAAUAAUUUUGUAGUGGUGACACCCAGCUUCUGUUAUGCUGUAUGAUAAAAAAAGAGGACUGAUGUAAUUAUUGCUUAGAAUGUACCACCUAGCUCUGGCUGUGUGACUUUUUUACUCCAAUUAACUUUCAAUAAUUUUUCCAUUUUGAUAUCCAUAUUUCAUUUUUAUAAUCAAUAGUAGGUGUUUUUUUCCAUUCAAAAUAUUUUAUAAGAAUGUCAAAGACAUUUCCCAUUCCACUUUAGUAGCUAAAAUGUAUUUAGUUUACUUGCAUUUCUGUUUUAUUCUGUGGUACAUGAUUAUCUUCAGUAACAUGGGUAGAUUUAGCAACUAUCUUUUUGAUCAACCCUUUUCAUGUAUUUAUGUAGGUAUGUACGUGUAUGUAUGUAAUGUGGUAAUACAGCCUCAUGAGGCUAAGAUUUGCCUUGACAUGCCAGCCUGAUGGUUAAGGGCUCGGGAGACCUGUGAUGCACCCCCCUUAUACCAUUCACUUGGCAUUUUUUGCCUGAGAGACGCUUUUGUGUUGUCACACAUCUAUAUUAACUGGGGCGUAGCUUGAAAAGUGCUAAUUUAAUUGUUGCCCUGUUCGGGAAUUGAACCCCGAAAUCGCGACAUGAAAAAUGAUCUUGCUAAGAAUGUGCCACUGGGGACAUGUUAUUUUUCAUACAUACCAACAAAUAAAUAAUAAUUGCAUAAAACUUAGUUUUAUUUCAUAUUAGUAUUGAAUAUGAGUUUUAGAAAUUGGUUUCAGUAAUCUUGUGUAAUUGUUUUGUAGAUGUAUGGAAAUGAAAAAUAUUUUACUGUUGAAUGUAUUUUUAACAUGUGUAAUUCUAAACAUAAUGAAUUAUUUCCAUGAUGCAAUACUUCUAGAAUUGUUAAUGUAUACUCUGUAAAAGUGGCAGCUGAUACAAGUAAUUGCUAUUGGAUGCUUGAUUAUAUAUUUUUUUAAGAACAAAUAUCAGUGUCUAACAGAACAUUUUAUAAUAUUUAAUCCAAAGAGAUUUUUCAAGUGUCUUGAUAAUACAGAGUUCAGUUUCUUGCUCCAAAUAAAUGAAGGGUAUUUGAAUAACACAUAAUAAACAACUGUUGUUUAGAAUGCACAUUGGAAGAACAUGUAUUAUUACAGCAUUUUCCAGUCUUUUGAAUACCCUUCAAAGUGAAGGAAUGCAAAUAUUUUUUUAGAAAAAUUUAUAUUUUAUACUCUUUUAAAGAAACUUUUUGAACAGGUAAAUUUAAUACGUAAUUUCAAUGAAUAGGUGAAUUGUACUUUAAAUGGAUUUCAAAAAUUAGAGUAAAACUUGCUCAAUGCAGAAUCUCAAGGGACCAAUAUUUUUUUUGUAUUAGACAAAAUUCCACAUUUUGCAAUGUUAUUCUGUUGAAUAUAUUUUUGGUGGGACCAUGACUUAUGUUCACAUUAGACAGAUUUCAGUCUUGCACACAUUCCACAUUGAGCAAGUUUUACUGUAUUUCUUUCGCUUCUAGCAGUGGCUAUACAAUUUUAAUAUUUAUCUAUUGUAUAUACCACUUCCUAAAAUACAUUUGCUUUUUAAUUUCAUUAUAUGGCUCUGGGUUCUUCAAGGUUGUGCCAUAUUUACUUUUUGAAAAAGUAUGUGCAAAGUCUUGUGGGGUUGAAAACAAAUUAAUGUUUAGUGGAUAAUGUUUAUUAGUUCUCUUUCAUGACAUGAUGUUUCAAGUGCUCAGCGCAAGACCUUUCCAAAUGAUAUUGCUCCAAAAACGGUUUAUUCGUAUUAACUAAUAGCCCCUAUUCCCUUUUCUUUCCUUCUAAUGUUCCUGUCUUGUUUGAUACCAUAACAAACAGUUAAAUUGUGCAUCACUAAGUUUUUUUUAAUGUUUGUUGUUUUUUCAACAUUUUAUCAGAAUUUUAGGAAGUUUUAAUAUUACAACUAGUAUGUUUUUGGGACAUUAUCACUUGAAAAGAGGUUGCACAGACAACCCAGUACAAAAAAAAAAAACACACACACACACACUAAUGAAUAAUAUCCACAAAACAUUAGUUGUUUUCAACCUCAAAAGGCCUUGCAAAUACUUCAAUGUUACUUGUUCUUAGGGUUGUGGAACCUAAGUGAUCCAUUACGUUUAUGAUAAAAAUCAAAUGAUUUGUGUAUUUCUGCAAAUUAGUAAUUUUCCCAUAAAAAUGAGAAAUAAUAUGCAAAUUAAUCUAGAUAAGGUAAAAACAUGAUAUAUGUUUUAAAGAAUAAAUAAUAGAAAAUUUUAUGUAUAUAUUUUGAUACUUAAAAACAGAAAGGUGCA